UGAUGGUAGGUGUUACUAUGUCUCUAAAAAGGUGUGGUGUAGUACCUUGUUAAGUGAAACCAAAGGGAUAUCGUGUCUUUCUUCACUAAAAAGCAAGAGUCUGAGAGGAUCCGUUGCAAGAUGAUUAAAUUAUAUUUCUGGAUUAUUCUAUUUACUCUUGGCAUUUUUGCGCAAGAAACUACAUACAGAAAUGUUCCAACAACACUUCGAGAAUGUUACGAAAGUAAAUAUCUUUUAGAAAAAGAUUAUAGAUUGCCCCAUACUUUGAAUACAUUAAUCGCGAUUCUUCAAAAAAUCGAAAAUGCAAAAAAUUUGAACAUGGAUUUACGAGCUUUAACUGUUGGAAUUAUGCAUAGAUUUCGUCAAGAUGGAGUAGAAAAAAAUCCAAAUGUCGUAGAGCAGUCUGGUGUAUUACCUUACAGAGCAGGUGCCCAGGCUCAGAAAUAUUUACAAAUAGCACGUUUUAUACCCAAAAGGACAGAUAACAUUCCUUCUUACAACAUGCUCACUGCUAUUGAAAGGUGUACUCUUCAUUUUAUGCUGUCUAGCAGCAUUGAGAUGCUGCAAAGAGAGGACGAAAAUACAGCAUGCAGAUAUGCUGACAACGCCUAUAGAAUUGCAAGAAGUGUAACUGGCAAUUAUCCGCUUAAGACAAAUUUAGAUGUACACGAUGAUGUAGAAACCUUGUCACCUGAACAAAUUAAUGUUAUUACAAAUAACAAACAUGGAGUUACGGAACAUGCAGUUGAUCCGAACGCUAUGUAUCCGGAAUUGCCACCGAAUCAUCCGAAAAUUGCUCGGUAUUCCGAACAGCCUUUGAUAAGCAAAUGUCCUGUGGAGAACGGCGUUAUAAAAACUACCUGGGGUCCAGUUUCUGCCGGGCCGCUAAUCGCUGGUAUAGCUGCUGGACUGCAACCUGAAAUUGUAACACUCUCGGAAUUAUUCCCCGACGAAAAAGACCCAAACAGAAAAAGAAAUCUAUCAAUAUUGUCAUUGGAUAAUAAAUGGAUAGCAACUGUAGCUGGUGAUUUAGCUGAAGUUACCUUAAUACAAGGCCCUAUAACCAAUGGUCCUAAAAAUAACAAGUUAAGCGUAGGUGUAAACGGCAAUUGGAAUUCAUCGACUAUGCCCCAUUGGUAUUUUCUACAAUCUAAUAAGAACUUAGAAUUUACUACAGCGGAAAUCAGGGGAGACAUUGACGGAUUCAUUCUCGCUGGAAAAAUUGAAGACUUGUAUUCUAAAGUGCCUCGACUAAGAUUGUCACAGAUUUUAGAUCUGUAUUAUAGUCCCCGCGGAUUGUUCAAUUCUGUGAUUAGGGCAUGUAAUCGCAAAACGUUUUUUCAAACAUUGAUAUCAAAAGAGACAUUGACUGCACAGACCUACUGUUCUUCUUUAGUCUUGGAAGAAUAUUUACAUAGAGCUACAAUAAGUGAUGAUAAGAUGAAGAACUUUGCAAAACAAGCAACAGAGGAACUGGCUCGCUACAUUGAGGAAUCAAUGAAUAAGGAUUUAUCAUGUCACGAGACAGAAACAGGAUUCCAUAAUGAUAUUAUUCAGGUUGCUAUUGAUUUAACAAUUAUUCUCGAUACAACAUGGCCUUUUAUUGAUAUACAACCAAUACUUGCGGACAUAUUGGAUAAUAUCAAAAUAAAUCCAUACAACAGUCAAUUCACAAUUAUGAAUGGAGGUGAUGGCAGUAUUAUGUUAAAUACUACCAACAGUAUUUUAGACUUCGGUUAUUUUAAUAUGACGAAUUAUACAAAUGGUAUAAGCGGCUUCGAUCUUCCUAAAUCACUCGAACAACUACAUAUUUUGCAAAAAAAGAAACUGAACGAUGAACGAUCUAGUUUUGGACACGGGAAAUCUGAUGUAGUUUUAAUUAUUCCAUUUACAACAACUCUUUCAGAAACCGACAAGCAAUACUGUAAAGAAAAGAUCAAGACCAUGCGAGAAAAAGUACCAGAUGCUACGUUACUUAUAUUGACUUAUGGAACAAAAGACAGAUGGACAGAACUUGUACGUGAUCCAGCAAAUGAUUUAUUUUCCACAAGCGUUUCUGGCGAUAUAGGAAGUUCAAUAGCGAUUGCCAAUUUAAUUUCGAGGAUAAAACAAGUCCCACAACGCUUGAUCAAUACAAGAUGUGGAGCCGAUUAUUCUCCUGCUGGAUCUACAAAUUCGUUUAUCGAUUAUAUUGAACCGAAUACAGUAGUUUCUUACAGGAUGCACCCUAAUUAUUUCUUUUCUACCGACAAUGACUAUGUUGCCAAAAUAAAGAUUGAAGGAUCUGGUUGGGGUAACUUAAAAGUAUGUAGAGCGCGGCAUUUUAUAAACAUUAAUGCCACAAAUAUAAACUGCGAAUCUAUAAAUAAUAAUGAACUUAUUAUUUCAACUUCCUGUCGUGACGCCAGCUUGAUACAUCUUUGUGAUCCUCAAUAUCUAUUAAUAGUUGCCAAUACACUCGAUAAUUCUUCGAUUACAAAUUUUCAAUGUUCAGAUCCAGCUGUGUGCAGAUUUCCUCAUAUGAUUAAGUACACCAUUUCCUAUGAAAAUUUGGUAUGUGAAAGUAACGCAAACAUAAACAUGCUCAACAUUUUUGUUUUAAUCAUAAGUACGUUAUACACAUUUUUAUAGCAAAUGGUAUAAAAAAUUAUAUAAGUUAAUUUUUUUUAACAAACAAGAUUGCAUCAAUGUGUUACAACAUUAGUCAAAUUAGAAUUAGAAUUGUAAAUAUCACUUAGUACUGCCCUUUUACUGCCUGAUGUGAGGCAUGUGAGAUAUUUUGUAGUCACUAUAUGUAUUUAUAUAUUGACGAUGUUUUAAAACUUUGAAAUACGACAAAUAUUGUAAAACUUGCUUGAAUAAAUAAACUGACACUUAAA